CCCAACUCCAAGUGCCACUCUUAUAUGUGUGACUGUGUGACAGUGUCACAACCAACGCCUGAACUACUGGAGACUUUAUUAUUAUUAUUACUGUCUUGCUCCCAUCGAUCGCAACAUCGCAGCAUUCGAUUACCUACUCUCUCACAUCCCGUCUAACGACAAGAAUAGUCACCUUCUCAUACCCUCUCUCUCCUCCAUUCAAAUUACCAAUCAAUCAACCAUGUCGGACCAUCACUACAAGUUCAAUGUCAGCAUGAGCUGCGGUGGCUGUUCUGGCGCCGUUGAGCGUGUCCUCAAAAAACUAGACGGCGUCAAGGAGUAUAACGUCUCACUUGAAACCCAAACCGCCGAUGUCACCACCGAGGCCGCUCUCGAUUAUGCUACCGUCUUGGAAAAGAUCAAGAAGACAGGCAAGACGGUUAAUUCUGGUGAAGCCGACGGUGUCUCUCAGCCAGUUUAAAGACAUCGUUGCGGGUUGAAGCCUGCCGUGUGCCGUGGAUGGGUACCCUGGUGCUUUCUAUACAAGGACGACUCGGUUGAUCAAACGGCGUUUAGAUGGCAUGUACUCGGGCACGCUUGAAGGAUUAAGACAAUUGCUUGUUGCAGACAAAGAUGUGAUGCAUGACAAUGCUAUUCAUUCAUGAUGACUAUACA